AUGUCUCUAAACCCACUGCCAGCACCUACUGUAAAUUUAUUUAUUUCUUCGUCUCCGCACGAAGAACACCAGUAUCUCAAUCUUAUUAGACAUAUAAUCGAUCACGGUGAACCUCGCGAAGACCGCACCGGUACUGGGACAAUAUCCGUCUUCGCGCCACCACAACUCCGAUUUUCUUUACGCGAUAAUGUUAUCCCACUUUUAACUACUAAACGUGUCUUCGUGCGAGCAGUUAUCGAAGAAUUACUAUGGUUUAUCAGGGGCGAUACAAACGGAAACCACUUGGCCGAGAAGGGUAUUCAUAUUUGGGACGGUAAUGGUUCACGUGAGUUCCUAGAUAAAGUUGGAUUGUCUCAUAGAAAACCUGGAGAUCUAGGUCCCGUUUAUGGAUUCCAAUGGCGUCACUUUGGUGCAAAAUACGUUGAUUGUGACACAGAUUACACAGGUCAAGGUGUUGAUCAACUUCGAGAGGUUAUUGAUAAAAUUCAAAACCACCCAAAUGACAGGCGUAUUAUUUUAAGCGCAUGGAAUCCUGCUGAUUUAAAGGAAAUGGCAUUGCCUCCAUGUCACAUGUUCUGUCAGUUCUACGUGUCAAAUCCGAAUUCUAAAACGAACACGCGAAGCCUUUCAUGUCUUCUUUAUCAACGUUCUUGUGAUAUGGGUCUCGGUGUUCCUUUCAACAUUGCAAGUUAUGCACUUUUGACAAGAAUGAUAGCUCAUGUUACAGGUCUUUCACCGGGUGAAUUUAUUCACACUAUGGGUGAUGCACAUGUCUAUCUUGAUCACAUAGACGCGCUAAAGGUACAACUUGAACGAGAACCCCGAGCAUUUCCUCGUUUGGAAAUUAAACGCGAAAUAACAGAUAUUAACGAUUUCAAAUUAGAAGAUUUUGAGAUAAUCGGAUAUCAACCAUACGGGAAAAUAAAAAUGAAUAUGUCUACUUAA